AUGUCGACUUCAACACCACCCGAUCUGCGGGUUCUUCUCCGCAAACUUAACGAUAUCGCGGAACCUCAGCUUCUUCUUCAUGCGCUACCGUCUCUCAUCAACCAUGUCCUACAUUGCAAAGAGGCCUUGUCGGCGCCUUCAGAUACCAAAGUCAAGAAUGGCUCUUCUGAAGCCGCUGGAAUCGUUCACAAGAUCAAGUUGAAGAUCAACAACCUCCUGACUGGACGUACAACCCGCGAGUCUCGAUUUGUUGCCGUUGCUCUGAUUAAGACUAUGGUCGAUGUUGGUGGAUGGGAGGUUCUGCGAGAUUGUCAAAAAUGGGUCGCUGGUCUUUUGGCUGUCGUUGAGAAAAGUGAUCCAAUGGCCUCCAAAGAGUUGGCUAUUGUGACUCUUGCACACAUCUACAUCUCAGUCCAACCAUACCAAACUCUGGUCCGAGAGAUCGCCACACCAACUAUCCCAACUUUUGUCACCGCUUGUCUCAAGCUCAUCAGCGCUCCCAAGUCUGGAGAGAAGCUUCAAACACCUUUGUCUGUCAUUGAGACUAUAUGCGACACCCUCUCAGCUCUCAUCCCGCUCUACCCAACCACAGUUCGACCUUCCAGCGCCAAGCUGAAGACCGCAGUCAAGCCAUAUCUCGCUCCUACGCAAUCAGACGAAAUUGUUGCUCCUCAAAGCCUGCAGCGAGCUUCGCGAAAACUCGUCAUUUCGCUUCACCAUGUCGCCGCCAAGUCAGGAGGUAGUGAAGAGUGGGCCAAAUUGAUCGACGUUCUCCUGAAAGAGUUGCACUCUACCGCUGAUCAGGUUUUGAGAGCUGUGCAAGAAUCAUGGGAGGGAUCGAACGGAUACACUCGAUCUCAAGUUGAAGUUGAUGGUGAACCAAAUGGCGGAGGCGGAGCCGAACUCCCCUCGUGGUCCGGUAUCGAGGCUGGCACCGAGCGCUUGGUUGGUCUGUACCAGUACCUUUCAGACUGCUUGAAAUACCCUACAAAAACACCUGUCACAAUACCUACCAGCGCUCUUGUUGAUGCUGCGUCUCGACUACUGCUUAUCGCUAGACUCUCACCCAAGUCCCAAUCGUGGGAUCAGGCCCUUCAAACCAACGCUGCGAUUUCAAGAGACGAAAAGGAUAGCCUCUGGGCAGCACUGCCUAAUAUUCACAUUUCUGUUCUACAGCUUGUUGAAGUCUUAUUCCAACGCCUGGGACAAGAUUCAGUGGCUAUUGCCCCUGAGGUCCUUGACCAUCUCGUCCGCGUGUUCAAAUCUGGAAUCAACCUUCCCACAGUCAGAACAACCGGUUAUACCGUCCUGAAGGAGAUCCUGAACAUCUCCGGCCCGACAUUGUCUAAGUCUUCUGUUGCCAGCCUUGACCCUAUCCUUGGCGCUUGCUGUCGUGACCUGCAGCAAGAUGCUGGCCAUCUCAAGGAGGAGAAGCCGGCGGCAUCUGGCACCGAUAGCAAGAAGAACAGCAUCGCUGCCAAUGCUGACCUUUUCCUCAAGCCCCAAUCUGCCGAGGUUGCUUCCAACAUAUCUCUAGAGCUUAAGCACAAGGCCGCUGCCACCAGUCUCUUGCCGGUCAUCCUAUCAAACCUACCACAAAGGCAUCUCAAGGCUGCUCUGCGGGGUCUUGUUGACCAGACGGCUAUUGUGACAAGUAACCGCGACGCCAUGCUCGCAAGCGUUCUCAACCCCUACAAGGACCAGCGAGGCCGAGUUUAUCCUAGCAUUCUUCCUCACCUUACUCAACAAUUCCCUGACGACAAGGGUCUCGAGAUUCUGCGCAGCAACAUCCGCGCAGGCGUUCAGACUUUGGCAGAGGGUGAGGAGCCGCUAGAGGCUCUCCCUGUUGAGGAUGAGGAGGAAGAGGAGGAAGAUGAGGAGAUGAAAGAUGGCGAUGUGGAGGACGAGAUUGUCCCUGAGAAGAGGGGUGACCUAUUCAAGCCUGGAACACUUCCUACAGCUCCCCACGCCGAAAAGAACCUGCCAAUCCAAAGUAACCCCUUUGCUCCUAUUGAAAAGGCCAAUACUUCAGAGAAUCGCAACGCCUUUGCGCGAGCAUCCUCGCCGCCCAAGCGAAAGCACGAGGGUCCACCAGACUCCGCGCCGAAAAGGCAGGUCCUGGAGAAGUCUUCGUCUCCGGAUCGAGUGCUCCCCGCACCUACCCAAAGCGCCCUCGUUACGACUGAGGUCGAAGAGGAAUCUGAGGACGAGAGUGUUCAUUUGAAUAUGGAACUAGAGGAUGAUGACGACGACGACGAGGAAUAG